GGCAUGCAUAUUAUAAUAAUUUGUGCAAGGCAAAUACGUAUUUAUUUUAGUAACAACAAUCGAGAGUUUUCAUGAUUCCUGAUGUUAUUCAAUUUUCAUGAAACAACAUCGAUUGUUUUUGACACAAAUGUCUCACACAUCCUCGUGAAUCAUCUUAUUUGGUGUCCAAUGUAAAUCCCAAGCAGGAUGACAAAUUUUCCAACAUGGUGACUAUUGACCGUAGAGUACAUAUUUCUACUUUUAAGACGUACCCAGUCACACGUUUCCUUCACUUGCAAUUUUAGCUCGGUCCAAAGAACAAGAUUUUUUCUGAGACAAAUCAGGGACAAAAAAAUGUUUUCCAAAAUUUCCAUAAGUUGUGAUCUCUCAGGCGUAUUCUUUGUCGUGAUUUUUUUCUUCAUUGUACUUGUACAAGCUCGAGACCCAAAGGGCACUCCGUUAGACGAACUUCUCCGAAAGCAGGAUACCGUUUGCAAAACAAUCAACAGGACAUCAAUCGAUGAAGCCAGGCUUGGGUGGAGUGCUUGCGUUGACUCUUUCAUUCUCAGACCAAACGAUGACAUUGACGAAUUUGAAGAGCUUCGUCAGUAUUAUACAUUCUUUUGUCGGGACGAUCGACGUUUUAAAGGAUGUUGGAGGAAUGUGACAAAGUUGCUUAAUCGCUGUGAAGCUGGUCGAGGUGAUAUUGCUGAAAAACUUUACUUUUUCAUUUAUGAUCUGACAUGCAGGAAUAAUGGCAGCGUUACUGCGAACAAAAUUAUAAAAUCGAGUGAACACGGAGACUUGUGUGAGAUGAAUUACUUGACGAAGACUUGCAAUGAGACGAGGAAAGAUUGGUACUCGAUUGACAUCUGCAGGAGGUACGAAGCACAGAAAAUCUGUGAACAAGCUGCCGUUUCAAGUUGUAACAAUAAAAUCCAUAAAGAAAUGUUGCUUCAAAAUCUGCAAGAAAUUGGCACCUCGCUGAAAUGUGUUGACACAACUUCAUCUUCACCUACAGCAGGAUCACGAAAUGAUGCGUAUAAUUCUGCAAUUCUACUUAUCUCUAUUAUGUCGCAAUUUGCAUGGGCAAUAAGGAAGAGCUGAUGGGAAAAUAAACUCGCUCUAUUUACUAAAUCUUGUC